AUGCAGCUCAAUUCCAUGACCAAUGCCAUCAUGGCGAGCUCAUUGGCAUCGUCGCGGUUGACUCCUCACAACACUGGCUCUUCCCUGCCCCCACCCUUACCAAAGCGUCAGCGAUCACCACAUUUGCUUCAAACGCUACGUCAACCCCAGAGUGAGCCUGAGGAUGACCACGACCGACAACGGAAGAACCGUCGCCACAGACUGCGCGGGGCCAAGCACACGCACCACGAGGGUUCUCGUAGACGUUGGAGGGACCAAGUAACCGAGAGGGAGCGCAAGAGAUACGAGGCGCUGUGGGCUUCGAACCGCGGUUUGCUGCUAACUCAUGCGAGCCCUUCGGCCAGUGUCGGUAGUGGUCUCGGAACGGAGCUGUCAGAGUGCGUCGCCAAUGUUGUCGUGCGCGACAUCUGGAAGCGCUCCCGCCUACCGAGCGAGGAACUAGCAGAGGUGUGGGAGCUGGUGGACCGCGAGCACAAAGGCUAUCUCACACGACAGGAGUUUGUGGUGGGCAUGUUUCUGAUAGACCAGCGGCUACGAGGACGGAAGUUGCCGCCCAGGGUGUCGGACAGCAUAUGGGGAAGUGUGAAUGGCGUGACGGUAUUGAAGCCGCGACCGAAGCACUGA